AUGAAGAUGGCUUUGAUGACGGAGCUGCGGAGAAUUCCAGGAGAGCAUGGCAACGUGAUAGAGAAGGCUGUGAAAGUUGACCCUCCCCAACCUCCUCAGACAGAUAUCUAUAAGCACUUCAUACGAGGGGAUGGCACUGGAAGCAAGAUGGGCGUGGCCGGCGGAGGUGCGGGCGACAAGGCCGACUCCACCUCCCCGUAUCAAGCCCAGGCGCAAGCUGCCACUCCCACCGCUUCAGCCCCGCCCCCCAAGGACCCGUCCGAACUGUCGGACCCGCAGCGGAAGAAGGUGGCCAAAUACCGAGCCAAGUUCGACCCCCGGGUCACAGCCAAGUACGACAUCAAGGCUCUGAUAGGUCGCGGGAGUUUCAGCCGGGUGGUUCGCGUGGAGCACAAGAGCACGCGGCAGCCGUACGCCAUCAAGAUGAUCGAGACCCGAUACCGGGAGGGCAGGGAGGUGUGCGAGUCGGAGCUGUGCGUCCUGCGUCGGGUUCGUCACACCAAUAUAAUCCAGCUGAUGGAGGUGUUUGAGACGGCGGAGCGCGUCUACAUGGUGAUGGAGCUGGCCACCGGGGGGGAGCUCUUCGACCGCAUCAUCGCUCGCGGCUCCUUCACCGAGCGGGACGCCACCAGGGUCCUGCAGAUGGUGCUGGACGGCGUCAAGUACCUCCACACUCUGGGGAUCACGCACCGAGACCUGAAGCCGGAGAACCUGCUCUACUACCACCCAGGGGCCGACUCCAAGAUCAUCAUCACCGACUUCGGCUUGGCCAGCAGCAGGAAGAAGGGCGACGAGUGCCUGAUGAAGACCACCUGCGGCACGCCGGAGUACAUCGCCCCCGAGAUCCUGGUGAGGAAGCCCUACACCAACGCGGUGGACAUGUGGGCGCUGGGGGUGAUAUCGUACAUCCUGCUGAGCGGAACGAUGCCCUUCGAGGACGACAACCGCAUGAGGCUCUACCGGCAGAUCCUCAAGGGGAAGUACAGCUUCUCCGGAGAGCCGUGGCCCAGCGUGUCCAACCUGGCCAAAGACUUCGUGGAGCGCAUCCUGACGGUGGACCCCAGCGAGCGCCUGACGGCCGGCCAGGCCCUCAAGCACCCCUGGAUCGUCAGCAUGGCGGCCUCCUCGUCCAUGAAGAACCUCCAGCGCUGUAUCUCCCAGAACCUCCUGAAGCGGGCGUCCUCGCGCUGUCACAGCACCAAGUCGGCCCAGUCGACGCGCUCCAGCCGCUCCACCAAGUCCAACAAGGCUCGGCGGGUGCGCGAGAAGGAGCUGCGCGAGCUGAACCGCCGCUAUCAGCAGCAGUACAACGGCUGAAACGGGCACCGGCAGCCGGCGGACCUUGUUUUGUUUUUGGAAGAAACGGCGCGACGAGUUCUUACGAUGACUGCCACCGUUCUACGUUGCUGCCAGUGUUGGAGGCCAAGAUGUGGCUUGUUGCUUUGAAAACCAAGACAGUUCACGGCUGCAGAGGUAGAGAGUUGAAAAGCGACUGCUGCCCCAAAAAAAAGACAAUGAAGUCAUUGCACUCGAACGGCAGCGCGUCUCCGGAUGAGAACAAGUGUUGUUGUGCUACGUCAUCUCCAUCCACUCCUUCACCGUUUGUUUUCAGCAGGAUGGUUCCUUCCACUCCUUUUCCUUGUGUUCUUUCAAUCCCUGUGUCGCUACGUAUUUAUUUAUUAUUGUCGAUGAUUAGUCUCCAUUCAAACGGUCACUGGAUAAUGACCUUCCACAAGAUCUGUUGAACAGAGUUCUGGAUACUGACAUUUCUACGAAGAAGGAGAUUCUUUAGAGGAGCGGGAACCAAAACUCCCGUCGCCUCGUUUCUGAUUUCUGAAGAAAAAAAAAAAAUUGCUGUGAAUUUCUUGUUGUACUAAAUGUACAGACCUUGUCUUAAGAUGUGGGUAAUCAUAUCACACUGCAACGUAAUCACACCUUUGAAGGCCAAAAUGAAGGCGUUUCGUUUGUUUGUUUGUUUGUUUUAGUCGAUUCUAAGCUUAUCUAUUCUUGCCGUUAUUUCUCCGUUGAUAUUUUACAACUGCUCUGAAAAGAUUGUGAAUCUGUUUUGUGUCAGUGUUUAACCUUAAAUAUGUUUUAAUAGGUCACACAA